AGAAUAUCCGAAUAGAAACUUCUCCUUUGUUUCAGAUUUAUUAACAAGAUGGACGGAACCGAAUUUCGUUUCGUUCAAGAAAUGACAAAAAACUGGAAUAAAACGUUCAAGUUUCGAGAUUUUUCGCUGGUGAAAUACAACCCCUACGUGGCGAUCUUGGACGAUCUAGCGAGUCGAGACAGUGACAUGUCUAUGUGUGCUCUUUGGCUUAUUGAGGAUACAUACAAACGUUUCGAUUUGUCCACAUUUUACGAAGAUCAAUGUCUCGUUUUGUUAGUGCCCAAACCGAUGAAAUUGAAUGAAGCCACAGCUAUUUACACUACUCUACACGCAUACGUUUGGUUGCUGGUUUUGUUCUUCUUCUUGUGGUACAUUGUUUCGUUGAAUGUCGUUGCCAAAAUAGAGUCACAGUUGAAUGGGAGCACUUCAGCUUUCGUCAACUUUGCAGUUACAGUCAUUGAAACAAUUAGCGCAGCGACAUCACAUUCGGUUACGCGUUUUCCUAACGAUCAGCUUUCGGUUAAAAUUAUUUUGAUGAGCUGGAUUCUUUUAUCUCUGUGGUUGGGUAUAUGCUACACGACAAUUUAUGCAUCAAGAUUGGCUAAACCGAGUUACGACAAACCGAUCAACACAAUCAGACAAGUAGUGGACCAUGACCUGUACAUCUGUAACGCAUAUUUCGAUGAAAGUACCAUGAUACCGCUUCGUGAAUCGGCCAAUGCCGACCAUAGAGAAUUGGGAAAUCGAUCCAUAGUGUACGGCGAAAACGUGGAGUAUCGUAGACAAUUGAUAGUCGAACAGAAAUGCGCUAUAUUCGAGGCCCGCAUAACGGAACAUUAUGUUUCGUUGCGUAAAUUCCAAAACGAUCUCGAUUUAUUGCCGAUUUAUCGAACAUUCAAGAGAUGUAUAACCAACCACUUCACUGGAUUUGCGUUUCAGAAAUAUUCGCCAUACACCAAAUUAUUUAACUAUCACAUUCGAAGAUACCAAGAGCAUGGAAUCAUUCAUAAAUGGGAGACCGAUAUAUUACAGACGCCACAAGAGAUGAAAACAUUAUUCGACGAUUAUCCGGAGCAAACAAAUUCACUUCAUAGUAUUACUAUAAUAAACGUGAGUGGUGCCUUCUUCCUGUUGGGAAUAGGUUUGUCUUGCUCAGCUAUCAUAUUUUUUGUGGAAUUUGUGAAAUUUAGACAUACUGUUAAAGUUGGGAUCUACAACUUUAACGUAUUUGGUCGGAUAAUAGCAAAAUGCAUGUCUAAAAUAAUGAAGUAA